AUGAGUUCAAAUGUAUCAGAAUCAAAAGAUAUACCGAAAGAUGACCACCUCCAGGAGCAAAACAAUCAAGUAUCUAAUAUUGCUGAUCAAAUCGUUAGAAGUAGAAAACCAGUGAAAACAUUUAAAGAUAUCCUCAAACAGCAUGGAAAUAAACAAGAGUGUGUGAAUGGAUUGAUAUUUGAACUAUUGGAUAGAAUAGAUAAUAUCACUACAUUCAGCGAGAUACUUGAUAAUUUCUUGUAUGAAAAUUCUGAUAAAGAAAACGCCGCAUUUAUCUUAGACAGAUGUUACAACAAGAAACUAAAAAUAACCAGGCAUGUAGAUUUCGAAAAUUUACUUAUUUUGAUUCCUUAUUCCAAAAUUGACAGAGAGAUAUAUCACAAAGAAAUACUGACUAACAUUUUAAGAACUAUUUAUUACGAAAACUACAAAUUUGAUGAAAUAAUUAAUUCUUGUAUCAAAUAUGAACAAUAUUCUCUUGCAACAGAGGUUAUUUACCAUACAUAUGGAUACUUCAUGAUUAACAAUCCAAAUUGUUGUUUACCAGAUGAAUUCUUGCACAAAAUCAAAAUUAAUGAUGAAAUUGUUGGAUUUCCAAAAGAAUGUUCAGGAUUAAGCAUUAUUUCAUACAUAGCUGCUAAAACAAAACAAUAUCCAUAUGAUGUUGUUAAAUCAAUUGACGGUUUCAAGAUUCAUAAAUUUAUGAAACCGAUAACUAAAUUUGAUCGAUUUUUAUAUGAAGGAAAAUCAUCAGAAAAUAAUAAUCUUAUUCCAAAAUUCGAUUUCAUUGAAAGACUUUUCAAUUUUAUUCAAAUUAACGAUCCGAAAGGAUAUGAUAUGUUUUAUAUAUUUAAUAAUCUUCCUACAUAUGAAAAAUGCAUGGAAGAAAUCGAUAAUCGCAUCAAAGGCAAAAAGAACAUUCUUGAUGGAAGUAACAUGUGGCUUUCUUUGUAUUUCCUUCACUUUAUUAUGAAAAACUUAGAAGAACAAAGCGACAGAGCACUUGGAAUGAUCACUUCUGAUUAUGAUUACGAAAUUGCUGAAUUUGUUUUAUCAUCUUAUAGAAUUUUUGAUGAUGACAACAUCAUUCUUUAUUGUUUAUGCGUUCUUGAGAAAUUAUUCCAAUAUUUUGUUCCAUCAAGAGAUAUUGUUUCCAAGAAAUUCAACAAAAUCAUGACAUUCAUUGGAGAGAAACAUGACAACCAAAGAAUUGUCAUCAAACUACUCAAACUGAUUGAUAUUGGAUGCCCAUCAAAUAUCCUUACUUCUUAUGGGUUUAAUUCAUUUGUUGUUUCAGAGAAAAGAAAGAAAGUUCUUGAUGCAAUUGAAGAGUUAUUUAUUCAAAAUGAUAUAGAUGAUUUACCUUCAUUUGUUUUGGGACAAUUCGGAGAUUCUAUCACUGAGAAUGAUUCAAUUGCAAUUCGUCUUCUUCCAUAUAUUGCUGAAAAUGUAGAAGACAAAAAGUAUAUGUCUGAGAUUAUGACAAAAUUGAUAGAAGCAAAUCUCCAAAACAUCCAAGAGAUUUCAACUCCUUCUUUCCUUAACUCUUUGAUCAAAUGCACAAAUCAUUUGCCAAUUGAUAUGAGUGAAUAUUCAUCAGUGUUCCUCGAAAUAUUCUUAUCAAGGAACAAAUUCACAAACGUUGGUCUUGAAUACGUCGAUUUCCUCAUCAAAAUAACAAAUAAUUUAUCAAAGCGCGAAAUAAAUAGUGUUAAUACAAAGAUUGAUAAGAUUAGUAAGGAAACACCAAUUGAAAAGAAAGGAAUCAAGGCAGAAAACAUCAAUGAAUAUGUGAUUUCAUUCAUGCAAAUGCUCUAUUAUAUCCCUGAGUUCAAAGAAAAGAUACUUAGCUUUGAAGAGAAAAUUGAUGGAUUUCCAACUUAUAUUGCAAAUCUUUUCCAAAAUUUGGAUCAAAACAACCAAGAUAAUGAAGAAAUACUCAACAAGAUCCAAAACAUAUCAACUUCAAAUGAAGAUUUCCUUCAUAUCGCUUACAAAUCGUUCAAAAAUACAUAUAACAAUCCAUUUAAUUUGUUCAAAGUCGAUUUUAAUGAUUAUUCAAAAUUGAUGGUUCAACUUGAUGGAAAAUUGGACAAAUUCGCAUCAAUUUCUAAUGUUACAAAUGAACUUCCACAGUAUUUGAUAAUAACAAUGUCUGAAUAUCAAACAAUGAAAGUAAUUGAUACUGUUUGCAUCAAUAAUAAUGACUAUUAUUUGUCUGCAAUUUCAUGCAGCAAAAAAGGUCGAUUUGUCACUUUUAUUCAUUUUGACGAUUUUUGGGUGAGAUUCCAUAAUAUAAAUUGCAAAGAGACUGAUUUAGAAACAGUGUCAGAAAACACAGCAAAAUAUGAUUCUAUAGCCAUUUACAGGAAAGGCUGGUGGAUGCCUUCACCAACGAAUCUUCCUCCUCAAGUUCAAAGAGUUUCUUCAAAGGAAUUCAAAGAAUUUAUUGCAAAAUUCAAUAAUAACAAGAAUUUUAUUGGCGAAGAAGCCAUCGAUUCUAAUGCUGUUCAAGAAAUGCAACACCAAGAAAACAAUGUUCCAGAAUCAGUUGAAAAAGAAAAAGAUCAAGAAGGAAAUGUCAGAUUGUUUAAAAAAUCCUCUGAAACAAACAAACAGUCCGACAGUAGCGAAAAACCACAAAGAAAAGGACACAGACAUAGAAGAUGGGAUGAGAAAUCUUCAGAUGAUGAUGAUAACGAAGAAAAGAAACCUCCCGAAAUGUCUACAAGAUCAAGCAACUCCGAACGAAAACCAAAUGAAAUGCGAAGAAAUGAAUAUAAACCGCAUACAAUGGAAGAGAAUUCGCAACCACAAAGUAUUACUAUUUCUCUAAAUAGUGUUAAAUCAGAUUCAGAAACAGAAGAAGUUCAUGAUGAUAUUGAAAAGAUUUGCACUCUCAAUGAUGAAAAUAAAGUUUCUCAACUAAUCCUCAGAUUCAAAAACAAACAAGAGCUGAGAGAGAAAUUAGUUAAUAUGAAAAUUCCUAAUUUCGUCAAUAUGUUUGACAUUCUUUUGGACCUUUAUGCUCUAGAUGAUAAUUCAUUGCAUAUGUUUUAUCAUUUAGCAAAUAAUAAUUACGAUAAUAAUCCAUUUGUAAUCAAUGGUUUCGCAAGGAAUUUACCAAAUAUGUUCCUCAAAAAUGGAUACUUAGAUACAUUGUUUGAUUUUAUUCAGAGAGCUGAUUAUUCUUCAUAUGAUCAAAUUUCAUACCCUGUUUGCAGAGCAAUUAGCAAUAUUAUCAAGCAAAAAAGCAACAUUAAUGUUGCUUUUCAGUUAUAUUGGAAGAUGGUGUUCAAAUUCUACACAAAAAUGAGUGAUUUUCAGCAAACACUAUGCCCCCACACAAUUACUCCAAUGGAAAUCCUUCAACAAUGUGCAACAGCUCCAACAUUGCACCCCGAUACAGCCCUCUACAUUUUGUAUGCAAUGGAGAAUUCCACUAUCAAUAAAUUUAGUGCACUUAGGAAGGUUAUUGAUGAAAUAUCUCUUGCUAGUUAUUUAGCUGAUUUUUUACGUAAUGAUAACAGAAGUUUUCUUACUAUGCUUGUUACAAAUAGAAAUGUAUUGGAUAACAUAUUGAAUGAUUCAAGCAAAUUAUCAUCCGAACCUGUAUUCAAUGAUUUAAUUAAUUUACUUUCAUUUGUAAUUAACACAAUAUCAGGAAAAGAAAAGCUUGAUUUCAUUGAAUUACUUGGUCAUAGAUUUGAUAGAAUUAUAAGAAUGCUUACAAAUGGUAUUAAGGCAAAUGCACAUGAAUUAGCAAAUUUUGCAAAUUGUUUAAUACAAUUAGAUCCGAAAUUUGCUGUUGGAAUUGGACAGCAAUAUCAAUUAUUCGCAGAUAAUCAAUAUAAUAUAUUACUAGUUUCCGUGCAAAAAUGUCAAAAUCUUGAGAAUUAUGCAAAAAUCAUAGAAAAAUUCAGAUAUCAAGAAUUAAUUAAAAAUAGAAAUAAUGAAAAAGCAUACAGUUAUUUAAAUUCAAUAUUUUUACCAUCAGUACAAUACUUGUCUGAGUCCAAACAAAGUAAUUUACCCGGUAAAUUCUUCGAAUUUGUUAGGUAUAUUUUAGAAAAAGGCUAUGUAUUUUCUGAUUUGUAUGAUGCCGCAUUCCAAAUGGCUACUUCACAGUUCAGUAAAAAUACAAAUCAUGAUAUUUCAAGGGGAGUUUAUGACAAUUUAAGAGAUACAGCAAUAAAAAUACUGAAACCAAUGCGCAAAGAUCUUAUGGAUUUACUUGUAAUUAUUUCCGACUUUGUUGUUGAAUGGAGUGAGGCAUCAAAAUGCAGGUUUAGGAAAAUCGAUUUGACGAAAAAGGAUUAUGAUUUUUUGUUAAGUGUCGCACGUGAAUCCUCGGAUGUAAUAACCAAUUUAUUUGAUACCUCCCGUUUUGUAAACAGAUCCUACUUCACAUAA